AUGCCCACCAACCGCGGCCCCGUCUCGGUGAAGCACUGCACGCGCGCCAACAGCGAGAAAGUCCAAGUCGGGCCCUGCACCAUCUACAUCUACGAGGACGGCGCCAACACGGACAACCGCGUGGGCUGCAUGCUGCUCGAGCUGCCGGCGGGGGCGUCCGGGCCGCCGAUGCACUGGCACCGCUUCCACGACGAGUGCUUUUUCGUGACGAAGGGCGCGGUGGCGUUCGUGACGCCCGAGGGCGAGGUGCGUUGUGGUGCAGGCGAGAUGGUCACGGUGCCGCCGCGCGCUGUGCACACUUUUAGGAAUGCUAGUGAGACCGAGUCGGCGGAGUUAUUCAUGACGGCUACGCCCGGGUAUUAUAUGGAUUAUUUUAGGACUAUGAGCAAGAUGGGGAGCUCCGGGCAGAAGCUCACGCCGGAACAGAACUUGCAUAUCAUGGAGUUGUUCGGGACUUUCCCGCCGGAUGUGGAGUCGGAGCCGUGA